UGCACAGGUAUGAAGAGAAACACAGCGCAGCUCAGUCUUGAGAGAGGAGGGAAACUGUGCCGCUUCUGUGGCAGACUCUGAUUUCUCUCCGAAAUAAGAAGGAAAACACAUAGACCUGUGAAUCGGACCGUGGUGGAGGAAGCCCUGGGAACCAGGGAAGGCUGUUCUGGGAGGAGAAAGACAACAAAGUGGAGAAUACUUCAGAAUGUGAAAUAACCCGGAGGAGAUUCUUCUACUGCGGUUCGACCAAUGGGUCUGGGAUUCUAAUGUGGCAUUUUAGGCUCUGGGAUAUUCAAGAUGUUGCUGUGUUUCUCAGCAUCACAUUAUAUAUGUGUCACCUAGCUGGAGCCAUCUCCGUCCAUUCUCCCCAGAGGAGCCUCACCAGGUCAGUGCAGGAGGACGUGUUUUUCUCAGUGAAUGUUACCUGUAUUGGGAUCCCCACCAUACAAUGGACCUUUAUGUCAGGAGUGGUGAGCCGCACCAUAGGGACUUGGCAGCCGGGGGUGUACACCAACAUAACAGUGGAUUACAGCAGCAGAGUGCAGGCCUACAACAAUGGCUCUAUGUACCUGUCAGAUCUGCGGCUGCAGGACGCUGGAUACUAUGUCGUCACUGUCACAGAAACUACAGGAAGCAGCAAGGACACUGGCCUUGUCCUGAAAGUGAACGAGGUGCUGUAUGAGGAUCUUCAGUACCUGUCUGUCUCUGCCUUAGUACUGGCCUGUUUGGCUGGCCUUCUCAUGCUGGCCAUGUGGCUACUAAACAAGGCCUACAGGAAGAUAGUGGCAUGUAGACGCAGGAAACAGAUGCCAGAAAAUGAUGCAACCGAGCUGCAGCCUCUUUGAUGGACGUCUUUGGAUGGCUGUGCUUCGUGCCCAGCAUGAAAACACUCCUGAGACUACUCACUAAACCUGUCAGUGCUGCAACAAGGACUACUUUUUAAAAUGUAGGUGUUGUGUACAUACAUUUAUUUUUCGUUUCAGUCCAGGAAGAUGGCUUGUCAAUUUUGAAAAACUGUGUACUGAGACAAUCUGUCCUAUGUUUACAUUUUGUAU